AUGGAGACCCCAGGGGGACCACAGAAGCCCUUGGCCUGCAGGAGAGCCCAGUCUCUGGACAGGUCUCAGGCGCCCAGGAAGGACUCUGGGUCGGGGAACUGCCAGUGCCUYUCCUUUUCCACCACUACCUGCCGGAGGCCCCUUCGCCGCACGUCCAGCGAYGGGGCCAGACACUCCGGGAUCCCAGCUCAGUCUGCAGAGGCCCAGGGCACCGUCACCAUAGCCCUCACCCUGGAGGGGAUGAGGGGGCUUCUCCCCAGUGAGCAGAGGCCCCAGCAAGACSCCAAGAAGCACAAGGCCCAGAGGCGGGCCCAGCAGGGGUGGCUGAAGGCCGUGCUGAACUUCUUCCUGAGGACAGGCCCAGAGGAGCCCAGAGAAAAGGCCAGCAAGAGGCCCAAGGGGAAGGAGGAGCCCACAGAACCCCCGGACGGCCCAGGAGAGCCGGCCCUCAGGACGAGAGCCCGCGACAAGAAAGCCAGUCGCAAGAGACACAGUCACAGGAAGCACGAUGCUGAGGACCCGGAGGCAGGGCUGCCCAGGACAGAGGCUGCCUCCGUGGAGGAGGCUGACCUGGGCCCAGCUGGCAGCGGCGGACACGGACAUGAUUCGUUUCUGCACCCGUCCUUGCCCAUCGAAGUGGGUGGUGCCAGCUUCUCAGGCGUUUCUCCCCAAGCCGCGGGUCCCCAGCCAGAAGAGCACCUCAGGAAGCCCGACCAAGAUGCUGUCAUCCAGAGGAUCGUGGAAUUGCUCAAAAAAGUGGGAGACCAGUGGGAGGAGGAGCAACAACUUCAAGUCCCUCAGCUAGAGGUGGCUCUUCAAAACCCCUCCCCGGUCUGCAAGAGGAAGUCCCAGGAGAGAAAGUCCAGCCUCAAGAGAGCCUUUUCUCUUAAGAAGUAUGGCCCCGGCCCUGAGGAGUCCAGGAGAGCAGGGGCUGCCGAUGUCCCCAGUGCAGAGGCCCGGCCACCCAAGAAGUCCAGCUUUCUGCCCAUGUGUGUCGGUAGCCACCGGUCCUCCAUCUCCAGCAGCCCUGGCUUGGAAGGACCCGAGGUCCACGAGGCCCUGUCUGCAGAUGGGGAGGGCCCAAGUCCCUCUGAACCGCCCACCCACGCCAGAUACCAGGGACCCGUAGAGGAGCUGCCGCUAGACGGGGCCUCAGAGUCCAACAAAUUCAUCCAGAAGAUCCUUGCCCUACUCCAAGAUGCCGAGGAGCAGGAGGGAGAGCAGCAACCCCAAGUGCAGGAGGUGGAGGUGGCGGUGGAGAACCCGGCCCCAGUCUGCAGGAAGAAAUCCCAGGAGAAGAAGUCCAGCCUCCGCAGAGCCUUUUCCCACAAGAAGCACAGCUCCAAGGAGCCCAGGAGGGCAGGGACCGUCCCAGAGGCCGGGACACCCAAGAGGCCCAGCUACCUGCCCUUGUGUGUGGGUGGCCACCGGUCCUCCAUCUCCAGCAGCUCCGAUCCAGAACAUUCUGAGUUCCAGGAGCCUUUGGCUGCCGAAGGGUUCCCAGCAGCAUCCUCCCAGACCACAAGCCACACACCAGAAGGAGGACCCCCGCUGGAGGACACGUGUGAAUCCAAGGAGGGCAUCAUCUGCACCCUAGUGGAGCUGCUCCAGGAAGUGGAUGGCGAGCUGGGCGACCAGAUUGGGCGGCACCCCAGCUUUAAGAGGUUUUUUUACGAGUUCUCGGACUCUACCCUCAGGAAGCUGGUGGCCACCCUGCGCAGACGGAAGACUCACUCGCCCGGUGGGGCCAGGAGCCUCGCCCAGAGACCCUCCCCAUAUGCCUUUGGCUUGGUCCACAAAUUCGCUGGCAGCCACAGCCGCACCAUCUGCAGCCUCAUGGGCUCCCGGGGCCACUGCGUCCAGCAUAACUUCACCCAGUUCCCGUCCAGGGAGGCCCAGCCGAACAUGCCAAGUCCUGAGUGUCAAAGUCCAGAUUGA